UAUGGAUAGAGCCAUACAGACAUGUUGAUCUCUCUUUCCUAGUCACUCGCAGCAUCAGCAGCAGCACUAUAUAACCCGGGCAUCGGUCGGCAAAGCUAUUACAAUUCAUUCACCGGACCUAACACUUCAAGAGGGGCAUGCCAGAGUCAUAAGAUCAUUCUGCAAAACAUAGAUCUUCAAUAUGACUAAAUCCUACACGGAAGAAACCAUGAUGUCAUCAGACCCCCAGGAAUCUGCGACCUGGACUGACGAGUGUCCGGGGUCCCAGGACGAACAAGACACGGAGAAGAAAAACGGCGCGCUUGAUUCCAUGCACGGGGAUCUGGAUGAGGAUGAGGAGGAUGGAUUCAACAGACUGGAUGAGGAUGAUGAUGAGGAAGAUGAGGAAGAGGAGGGUGACGAUCAAAAGCCUAAACGUCGUGGACCAAAAAAGAAGAAAAUGACAAAAGCCAGAAUGCAGAGGUUUAAGAUGAGGCGCCAAAAGGCAAAUGCGCGCGAGAGGAAUCGUAUGCAUGGACUCAACGACGCUCUCGAGAGUUUGCGUAAAGUUGUUCCAUGUUACUCCAAAACCCAAAAGCUCUCCAAAAUCGAGACACUCCGUCUGGCUAAAAACUACAUUUGGGCCCUGUCAGAGAUCCUGCGGUCGGGUAAGAGCCCAGACCUAAUGUCAUUUGUACAGGCCCUGUGUAAGGGCUUGUCUCAGCCCACUACUAACCUAGUGGCUGGUUGUCUGCAACUCAACCCCAGAACUUUCCUUCCUGAGCAGACACAGGAGAUACAGUCUCAUAUGCAACCAGCAAGUGCUUCCUUCGCUGCACAUACAUACUCCUACCAGACACCUGGUCUUCCCAGCCCUCCAUAUGGUACAAUGGACAGCUCUCACAUCUUUCACGUGAAGCCCCAUUCAUACGGAAGCGCGCUCGAGCCGUUCUUUGAGACUGCGCUACCGCUUACAGACUGCACUAGUCCAUCUUUUGACGGACCUUUAAGCCCACCUUUGAGUGUCAACGGAAACUUUUCCUUCAAGCACGAGCCUUCGUCAGAGUUCGAAAAGAACUAUGCCUUCACCAUGCACUACCAGGCUGCGGCGGGACUGGCGGGUCCACCGGGACACGCGCCUCUUUACGCAAGUUCUGCGCCAAGGUGUGAGAUACCUAUGGAAAACAUUAUGUCGUACGAAGGACACACUCAUCACGAGAGAGUCAUGAAUGCUCAGCUUAACGCUAUAUUUCAUGAUUCGUGAAUAUAUCAGGCUAAAACGUAAUCAAAGACUGACAACCGUGCGUCAUGAUGUGGCAUUCUCGUGCCACACUGAUGCAAAAGAGCAAUUAUUAUUUGCUUGAUCCUAUUAUGUAUGUAUUUAUUGUUGUUACUGCCUUUAGGAGAAUUGUGCGAAUGCAUUGCAUAUUCAUAUGUAUUGUAUUCUAUAUCGCUUCAGCAUUAUGGUAUAGGUCACAUUGUGGAAAAUAGUUGUGACCAUGCUCAGAAUGUGUUGGUUAUCUAUGUUACAAAAUCCCAAGCAAUAAUUUGGAAAACUAUGCAAUUUUAAACGAAUACUUGGGCCACUAAAAAUAUAAAGAUUUCUAUAUUUUUCAACUAGCAUUUUACAAGUGAUCUAUCCUAUCCCCAACUGAAUUAUUUUGUUGUGAUUUUGUACAGAAUUAUGGAUUACUUUUUUUAUAAAGUCUAGUUCUUUCAUUUCACGCAGGUCAAUGUUAUUAAUGUUUUAUAAAAUAUAAUUGUUAUGUUUAUAUGACACUAUCGUUCUAUUAAAAAAAGAUGUAUACUGAAGCAAGUGCUUAUAUAAAUCAGUUGCCUUAGCAAUUAUUAACUGCAAAUCAUGCACAAUUUUGUUUAUUGAAUUUCGCCUGAAACGUUUUGAUAACCUAUUAACAAUGUUUAUGUCGUUUAAAAGGUGAACAAUACACAGGGGCCUAUUACUUGCGAAAGGCUUGAUUGUGUAAACCUAGGGACUAUCCUGGAAAUAGCCGUUGUGUGAACUAAUUUAAUUUCAAAACUUAACAUUGAGGCGUGCAUGGGCCCAGUUCAAACAAAUUAUGAGUGUAGCACAUUUUGCAACAUACCGCGCUCAUCAUUGCGCGAUUGCAUGCCUGUUCGAAUCAUUGCAAAAGAAACAUUUACAGCGUAAUGCUCAAAUUCAAUAUGACUGUAUAUUGUUUGUAAGUAAUUUUAUAUUUUAGGAUGUUUUCAGGACUCAUAGGGACUGGAUGCCAUUGAGCUAUACUCAUGUUGCUUCUUUACAUUUUGUUUUUAGGCAUAAAAUAUUUUCCAAUGUGAUUAACAUGUACGUAAUUCCACUGAGAUAAAUGUAUAUCUCAUGAGGCGCACUCAAUUAUUUGUAGAAUAAAGUAAAUAAGUUGCCUACCA